CUCAGUAUCAUGCCAUAAGCAGAGGCGUCCUGUCUCGUCUCUCACGUCCGGAAGUGUUUCACGUCUGUUCUGAAUCGGUGUUGCAUUUUUUUUAAACCUGGAAGUUGCAAAAUACAAAACAUCAUGAGGACCUGCUACUUGUUACUAUGCCUCUUGGCCGUCACGGCUGGCCAGGAAGGAAAGUGGCGAUCUGGUGACUUUGCUACUGAAGGUGUGUUCUCCGAAGGCGAACUGGAAAAAUUUGCCCUCGAUUUCCAGAAAAAGUUGAGAGACGACCUUGAAGCAUUGAGGCAGGAGAUGUACAUCGAGUUCCUGGAGAUACUGCAGCAGAUCGAAGACUCCAGAGAGAGCUUAUCGCAGGAAGUCACCUCCAAACUGGAUGAACAGAUCACAAACGUCCUCAGCAAAUUUGGUAAGGUGAUGAGGUACUCCUCCACGCAAGUCGAUCUCGUGAGUAGCAAGAUCCAUUCGCUCUUGGGUUCUGUUGAGAGCGACUCUCCGGACGCCCUGGACCCGCUAGUUGCCAGUGAAGGCGAUCUCGAGGACUACGGCGACAGGAAGAGAAGGGGCGCCGCUCCGGGGGUCCCCACAGAAGCUGACAAGGAGCUGGACAAGCCACUGGAAGAAGUCGUCGACGCUAAAACACUAUCCGACUUCGAUACGACGAACAUUCCUGCUGAGGAGGAGCGGAAACUCGCGGAAAUCAUCAGCGUCAGUGAUUACUUCGACGGCCACAUCGAAUCCAGAGACUCGGACUUUGUGCUGUGGAGCCAGACUUCGCCCGGGAGUCCCACCCAGUACCUAGUGCCGCUUCACAGGGCGCAGAAGGAGGUUGUCCACCCAGCCAAGAAUUCGGCGAGGAACAGCGGACCGCGUAACUGCUACGAUCUCCUGAAAGCGGGAAGCACUCGGGAUGGAGUGUACAGGAUUUUCCCAAAAGGAGCGGGUGAGGGCGUGGAGGUAUGGUGCGACCAGACCAGCGAGGGCGGCGGCUGGACUCAAGUACUAAGGCGACAGUUGCCUCGAUCUGAUCAGAAGGAUUUGAACUUCACCAGGUCAGCUGAGGACUAUAUUCAAGGCUUUGGUUCUCCUUCUGAGGAAUACUGGCUGGGACUGGAAAAUAUGCACCACUUGACGACUAACAGUGCAUCUGCUCUUCGUGUCAGUCUUGUUGACAGUCGCCUACAGUCAUCCAGCGCAAUCUACAACACCUUCAGGGUUGACGGACAGGACGAGGGUUACCGGCUUCUGGUGACCGAUUUCGACGCCUCGAGCACGGCCGAAGACGCCCUGACGCCUCACUCGGCCGCUCCCUUCGCCUUCCCGGUUGUAGGAGUGAAUGGCACUUCUGCAGAGGAAAAAUGUAGCAGCACGUAUGGAGUCGGCUGGUGGUAUCUGGCAGCACCAAAAUGCUAUAGCGCUCUUCCCACGGGCACCCGACGCCUGCAGAAGGACUCAGACACGAAUCUGGGCGACGGCCUGGUCACGUCGAAGAAGGGCCUGCUGGAGUGGCGGUCGGCUCAGGAGGAGGAGAUGCAGGAGGGCCCUGAUGACCCUACCCUUACUGGCCUGGUGAUGGCGGUGCGACCAAUUCUGCAGUGAUAGAUUGCAUUUCGCUUUGACCGCCGAGUUACAUGAGUUUCUUUGAAGUAUCGU